AGGCUUUAAAGCCUGAGCCCCGCGCUGCUCCUCCAGAUCCUCGGACCUCGGCGACCUCCGGGGGUCCGAGUUUGCAGACUUCGUGUGCGCAGCUAGCCGCCUCAGGUGUUUGAACCAUGAAUCUUUUACUCCUUUUGGCUGUCCUCUGCUUGGGAACAGCCUUAGCUACUCCAAAAUUUGAUCAAACCUUUAGUGCACAGUGGCACCAGUGGAAGUCCACGCAUAGAAGACUAUAUGGCACGAAUGAGGAAGAGUGGAGGAGAGCGGUGUGGGAAAAGAACAUGAGAAUGAUCCAGCUACACAACGGGGAAUACAGCAACGGGAAGCACGGCUUUACCAUGGAGAUGAACGCUUUUGGUGACAUGACCAAUGAGGAAUUCAGGCAGGUGGUGAAUGGCUAUCGACACCAGAAGCACAAGAAGGGGAGGCUUUUUCAGGAACCUCUGAUGCUUCAGAUCCCCAAGACUAUGGACUGGAGAGAAAAAGGUUGUGUGACUCCUGUGAAGAACCAGGGCCAGUGUGGUUCUUGUUGGGCGUUUAGCGCAUCAGGUUGCCUAGAAGGACAGAUGUUCCUUAAGACUGGCAAACUGGUCUCACUGAGUGAACAGAACCUCGUGGACUGUUCUCACCCUCAAGGCAAUCAGGGCUGUAAUGGCGGCCUGAUGGAUUAUGCUUUCCAGUACAUUAAGGAAAAUGGAGGUCUGGACUCAGAGGAGUCUUAUCCCUAUGAAGCGAAGGACGGAUCUUGUAAAUACAGAGCCGAGUUCGCCGUGGCUAACGACACGGGGUUCGUGGAUAUCCCUCAGCAAGAGAAAGCCCUCAUGAAGGCUGUGGCGACUGUGGGGCCUAUUUCUGUGGCCAUGGAUGCAAGCCACCCAUCUCUCCAGUUCUAUAGUUCAGGCAUCUACUAUGAACCCAACUGUAGCAGCAAGAACCUUGACCAUGGGGUUCUGUUGGUUGGCUAUGGAUAUGAAGGAACAGAUUCAAAUAAAAGUAAAUACUGGCUUGUCAAGAACAGCUGGGGACGUGAAUGGGGUAUGGAUGGCUACAUCAAAAUAGCCAAAGACAGGGACAACCACUGUGGACUUGCCACCGCGGCCAGCUAUCCUAUCGUGAAUUGAUGGGUAGCGGUAAUGAGGACUUAAUGGACACUAUGUCCAAAGGAAUUCAUCUUAAAACUGACCAAACCCUUAUUGAGUCAAACCAUGGUACUUGAAUCAUUGAGGAUCCAAGUCAUGAUUUGAAUUCUGUUGCCAUUUUUACAUGGGUUAAAUGUUACCACUACUUAAAACUCCUGUUAUAAACAGCUUUAUAAUAUUGAACACUUAGUGCUUAAUUCUGAGUCUGGAAUAUUUGUUUUAUAAAGGUUGAUAAAACUUUCUUUACCUCUUAAAAAUAAAUUUUAGCUCAGUGUG